AGGACAGCGAGUGCGCAAAUAGGCAGGCAGGCACAUCAGCAGCAGCGGCAGAGCAUCUUCCUGAUCCUCAUCUCCAGAGUCUUCAGCUGCCAAUCCUCUGUGCGUCUCUGAUUGAGAUUUCACUGCCGGCUGAAGUGUCCAGAAGCCUCCGCCAACCAUCACCUCCCACCACACACUUUCUCUGGAGCUCGGUUAUUCUUAGCUCAGCUGCGAGAGACUGUCCUUCCGGUCCUUUUCUUAUUUAUCCCAGUUUCUUGAAUAUUUAAUGGAAAAUGGCGAUCUGCGCACAGUCGUACGGUAUUUUCUGCCUCUUCACAAUCCAAACUGUACUUAUCAUAUGCGUCUCCACGCCGACAGACGGGACCCACCUCUUCCCCCAGCACUACACAAUGAUUCACUGGGCUGGACGUAUCGAGAAGGAGCUGGAAAAGGUUCUGCAACACGUCACCGGAACUCAGCAGAUGAAAUCGAUUUAUAGUGAGAAGAAGAGCCAGUUUGAAAUCAAGAGAAACAACCCCAAGGACCUGGUGGAGAGAGUGGCACGGGACAUCUCCAAGCUGCUCAACAGUAAGAGGAAAGCCCUGGAGAAACUGGUCAAGGAGGCGGAGCUGCUGCAGAGGGAGCAUGUAUGGCAAGACGGUGUGACGGAGAAUGACAUUUCAUACUACGAUUCCAAAGCGGAUUCAGACUAUACGGAGGAUGGAGAAGAGGAGAACCCCCUGGAGAGCUCCACGUCUCUGGAGCUGGAGUUUGUGGACGAUCCCAAUUUUAAAAACAAGGUCAACUACUCUUCCAGUGCGGUGCAGAUUCCUACAGACAUAUACAAAGGCUCCCCGGUCAUCCUCAACGAGUUAAACUGGACCCAGGCUCUGGAGCGGGUCUUCAUUGAGAACCGUAAGGAGGACAGCUCUCUGCGCUGGCAGGUGUUUGGCAGCGCCACGGGAGUGACUCGCUACUACCCAGCCACUCCAUGGAGGGCCCCCAACAAGAUUGACCUGUACGACGUCCGCAGGAGACCUUGGUAUAUCCAAGGUGCAUCGUCUCCAAAGGACAUGGUCAUCAUUGUGGAUGUGAGUGGAAGUGUGAGCGGACUCACUCUGAAGCUGAUGAAAACCUCUGUGAAUGAGAUGCUGGACACUCUAUCAGACGACGACUAUGUGAACGUGGCCAGGUUCAAUGAGAAGGCCGACGCCGUCGUCCCGUGCUUCAGGACGCUGGUCCAAGCCAACGUUCGGAACAAGAAGAUCUUCAAGGAGGCCGUCAUGAAUAUGCAAGCCAAAGGAACCACAGAUUACAAGUCUGGCUUCACAUUUGCUUUCGAACAGCUUCUCAAUGAGAGCAGCGCCCCGAGGGCCAACUGCAAUAAGAUGAUAAUGAUGUUUACAGAUGGCGGGGAGGAUCGUGCACAGGAAAUCUUUGAGAAGUACAACUGGCCCAACAAAACGGUCCGGGUGUUCACCUUCUCUGUUGGCCAGCAUAAUUAUGAUGUCACGCCUUUGCAGUGGAUAGCUUGUGCCAAUAAAGGUUACUACUUUGAAAUUCCAUCGAUCGGAGCCAUCAGAAUCAACACCCAGGAGUACCUGGACGUCCUGGGGCGGCCCAUGGUGCUGGCUAAAGCGAAGCAGGUGCAGUGGACAAACGUCUACCAGGACGCUCUGGGUCUGGGCCUCGUCAUCACCGGGACCAUGCCCGUCUUCAACUUCACUGUUGACGCUGCCAGCUCUCAGAACCAGCUCAUCCUGGGAGUCAUGGGAGUAGAUAUCGCCAUCAAUGAAAUCAAAAAGAAGACACCCACAUACAGACUUGGAGCCAACGGCUACACCUUCGCCAUCGACCCCAACGGCUACGUCCUGCUGCACCCCAACCUGAGACCCAAAAUCAUUAACUUUAGGGAGCCUGCUCUCACUCUGGACUUUCUGGAUGCAGAGCUGGAGGACAGCAACAAGGAGGAGAUCCGUCGACAGAUGAUUGAUGGCAAAUCAGGGCAAAGGAAAAUCAAGACGCUCAUUAAGUCAGUUGAUGAGCGCUACAUCGACGAGGCCAUGAGGACGUACACAUGGACACCUGUCAACGGGACGGACUACAGUUUAGGGUUGGUACUGCCCACAUAUAGCGAGAACCACAUCAAGGCCAACCUGAGUGACCAGAUCCUCCAGGUGCAGUGGCAAUACAUCAAGGAUUUUGAAUCACUGCUGCCAAACAGUUUUGAGUCUGAAGGACAUGUAUUCAUUGCUCCCAGGGAGUACUGCAAUGAUCUGGAACUGUCCAACAACAACACUGAGUUCCUGCUCAACUUCAUUGCUCUCAUGGAAAAGGUGACACCGGACUCAAAACAAUGUGACAAUUUGCUCCUUCAUAACCUAAUUCUGGACACCGGCAUCAUCAGGCAGCUGGUGGAGAAAGUGUGGAAGAAUAAAGACUUGAAUACAUAUGGCUUUCUGGCCGUGUUUGCUGCAUCAGAUGGAGGCGUAACGAGAGUGUUUCCCAACAAGGCUGCAGAAACCUGGGAGGAAGACCCUGAGCCGUUUAAUGCCAGCUAUUACCGCCGCAGCCUCGACAACAAGGGCUACAUCUUCCGAGCGCCUUAUCGAACAGCCCGCGACGAGCUGUUGAACCCAGAGAACGACACCAUCGGGAUCCUGGUCAGCACGGCGGUGGAGAUCACGGUCGGAGGGAAGACCAUCAAACCUGCAGUGGUCGGAGUGAAGCUGGACCUGGAAGCCUGGACCGAUAAAUUUAAGAUCCUCGCCAGCAACCAUACAGACAACCGUCAGGGCUCAAAUACGUGUGGACCAAACAGAGGCUGUGAGAUGGACUGUGAAGCCAACAGUGAGGAUCUCCUGUGUUAUUUAAUAGACGAUGGUGGAUUCCUAAUCAUGUCGAAUCAGAAGGAGGACUGGAACAAGGUGGGCAUGUUCUUCAGUGAUGUCGAUCCCUACUUGAUGUACGCGCUUUACAACAAUUCCUUCUACAACCGCAAGCAGUCGUUUGACUACCAGUCUGUGUGUGAGCGCAUGCCCAGCAGUGAAACUGGAGCUGCACCCAGAGGAGUGUUUGUGCCCACGAUUGCAGAUUUUGUAAACGUGGCCUGGUGGACAUCAGCAGCUGCAUGGUCCUUGUUCCAGCAGUUCAUCUAUGGCCUGGCUUAUCACAGCUGGUUCGUCACAGAUGAGGUGGAUGCAGACGGAAUCGACUCCAAAGAGCGGAGUUGUGUAAUGAUCCAGACCCAGUACUACUUAAGUAAUCUCAGCAGCUCCUACAACAUCCUGCAAGACUGUGGCAACUGCUCCAGGCUGAUUCAUGCCAAGAGGAUAAACAACACCAACUUGCUGUUUGUGGUGGCGGAGAAGAUGCCGUGCAACACCUGUGAGAUAGAGAAACUGUCCCAGGAGGAGGAGGAGUUCAAGGAGGAAAAUCCAUGUGAAGAAUUGACUGUGGCGCGCUAUCGAAAAGGACCCUCCACCUGCUAUGACAAUAACGUCACUGAGAACACGUCAGACUGUGGGCGGGGCCACUCCUUCCGUCCGUCCCUCUCCACCUUACUGAUCAUCCAGCUGCUGCUGCUCUACCCGGCCCUCAGCCCCCACCUCCACUCUCUACUACAUUAAUUCAUUUUCCUUCACUUAUCCUCCUUUUAGCCCUCCUGAGCUUCUUCCCCCGACCUGAAACCCUCCAACCCUCCAACCCCACCUCCCCCCUCCUCGCCCUGUGCCCCCCCCCCUCCCCCGAUAUAGUCAUAGGUAAUAAUGGGACUUCCCUUCACGGCGAGUUUGGAAGCCCUGAGCGCCGCGCUAACCAGCUCGCUUCAGUCUGUGUCGCUUAGUGACAACUGCCGGACGUUUGUGUCCUCCGCCAGUUAACCUUCAUCUGCAGGAGGAGUCAGAGGAACGUCAGAAAAGAGAAAACAACCCCCUCCUCCCCCGCCCCUCAUGACCACCACCUCCUCCAUCCAGUGAAGGGAGGAGAAAGAGGACGGACCUCCCGCCGACCUUACACAGACUGGAGAGAUGAGGUCGUCUGUCUGCCUUCUGGACUUCUUCUCCUCUCCUCCAUCUCAGAGCCUCACCGCUCUGUCAUUGGCCUCCACCAAGAGGCUGUGGACCAUUCAGCCAGUUAUAGCCACCAUUAAAGAAAAUAACAGAUGAAAAAAAAAGAACUGUCAAGUAUUCAAAAAUGUCAAGUAUAAACCGCUGAAGUGAUGAGUAUUCCAAACAUUACACCGUGUAUUUAGGUUUUGAUUUGAAAAAGGAAGUCGUUAGGUGUUAAUUUAAAAAAAUGACAUUAAUUAAUUUAUGCACUAUAUCUACUUGCCAAAAUGAGAUAGACUUUCAUGUGGUCUUAUUUUUUUAUAGCCAAAACACGAGGAGGGAAAUGGCUUCUGAUUUAGAUUUAGGAUGAGAGGAAGAGGAAGAGGAAGAGGAGGCUCUCUGAGAAACUGAAUGCUGAUUCAUUUUGUGUAGCGCCUAAUUACAGAUUAAUGCUUUUUAAAAAGACGUCCACUUGGGGAUUAUUGUAAUUACAUGAUGGUAAUCGCAUUUCUUGAAGUAUUUCUCCUCAUAUUUAAGGCUAUCCGGCUCACACACUUAGUGACAGCUGUAAAAUAUGAAUCAGUGUUCGGUCGCUGCAGAAUCGGAGCGUCGUUGAUGUCGUGUUAUUAUUCUCCUUUAUUAUGAUCAAUUAACCAUUCUGACCUCUGGUUUUGGACUGAUGUUUAAAAGAGAAAAAAAAAAAAAAAAGGAAUCCCUGUGCUCUCUGAUGCGAAAGCUCACCUCUGCCAAUCCUCAUGAGGCUUCUCCAGUAACCUCUACUAACUAACUAACUAACUAACUAACGCUCCUAAUCACAGUCUGUAUAUGUGCUUUACGUCUGCUCACACAACAGACACAAAGAUCUCUGCCUCAUGACUCUCAUAGUUCAAGGUGGGUUUCUCCUCCUUUUUUUUCUUCUUCUUCUUUUUUUCUGGGGCUAGUAUUACCUUUGACUGAUGCUGUUUGAACUUCAAAACCAUUCGCUGCUGGGGGAUAGGGGCUUAUCAACAUUUUCCAACAAAAGUGCAGAAGAGGCAACUAAAUAUGGUGAUCACGUGCAGUUAGUAGUCUGGUUGUAAUCCGUCACAGUUCAUCAUUCCAUCAUUACGAUGUGUGAAAAGUCAUUUAGACUCCCAUGUUUAGGAGCCGCUCUGUUUCAUAGUGCCUUGACGCACUUUGUUUUGGACCACAUGGGCUGUAUAAGAGUAGAGCUACUGUAUAGUACCUUUAUAACGCAGCCAUCUUUGAGGCUUCGGAUCAUGCAGGAGCCUGUGAGACUCAAUCUGUCGGCUAUAGAAAUAGCUUUACACAGAGCCACGGCACCCAAACCGGCUCUCGCUUAAUGUAUUCGCUGAGCUCUCUGCAGAGCCACCUGACUGCCAUCAUAUGGAGUUACUAUACCGUUCCUUUACAAGCCAUGUAUAGAGCUACGAUACACUAUCAGUAUACAGCGACUUAACUGGCCAUAGAGCAUUUUUAGGGCCACCUGACUGCUAUAGUUCUGCCUGAAUUGUAUGUGUUUGUGCGUGGAUGUGUGUGUGUAUGUGUGGAUGUGUGUGUGUUUGUUAGUUUGCGUUAAAAACCCUCAAAGGGAAUGUCUUUAAACUGAGUGUGUGAGGGGUGACAGUUGUGGUAGCAUAGCUGUUUCCUGUUCCUACGUUGCAACGGACUAAAUCCGGUGUUGUUGUUGUUGUUGUGGAGGAGAGAAAAAAAAAAGGGAUUUUACUGAAACAAAAAGAAUCCAUCUUUAACCAUCAGUCUGCCUAAAUGUUUAUCUAAAGGGAGCAGAGGAAGAAUGUGUAGUUCAUCAGUUUUUUCUGCUUCAAAUGCAACAUAGUUAACGAAAGCCUCUCUAAAUGCCUUAGUGUUACACAGCACGGAGCUCUGAAACAUUAACCCUCCCUCAUGUACACUCACGCACACACAAAUAGACCCUCCAGAAUAUUAGCUCCCCUGGGUUUUCUCUGUGUUCUGCAGUAAAUAUAGUGAGCUCUGAUUUUGUAUUUUUGCGUCUUGGAAUGAUUCGUUAUUUGAUUGAUGCCUGUUUUUUUUGAUUAAAUGCUUGAAAGCCAAGUGGGGAGUUUUAAAUUUUCACAAAGCCUCCGACCUUCAAUGUCCACACCCACCCACCCAAAACUCACUGUGUUGCUCAGGUGGGUCGACUCACGCGACAAUAUGAACCUUAAAGGAGCAGUGGGGAUGGUUUAGUGGCAUCUAAUGGCUGAAAUGUGAUGUUCAAAAUGUUUGAUUACAGCGUACGUCCACUUUAAUGACACUGAGAAACUGAAAAUCUUAUUCAUCUCAAAUGUAGGUUUGAUGCUUUAUAUACCUACCAAAGUAAAGUCAUUACCUUGCACCACAGCUGGAUUCUUGAUCACUAGAUCAUGUGAGAAUCAUGUGAUCACAUAUCAUGCAGAUCUCUUCAGGCUACAAGUUUAGUGCUUGUGUCAGCAUGAAGAGGUUCUUUCAGGUUUAAAACAACAGGUGUCGGUCCACAGACUAAUGAAUCCACCUCCUUUCCUUCACAAGACUUGCCAUGAACAUUAUUAGCUGAAUUAGCAUAUCUUAGGUAGCUGAAUUUAUCUAUCUUAAUCCUAUAUGGCUAUCCUGACUAACCUUAACCAGUCGGGCUGCUACACAGGCUGCCGGGUCUUACCAAGUAAAGGAGUGGGAUUCAUAAUCAGGAGAAAAGGAAAGUUUAUCCAGUUUAUCCAGCAAAACUAGCCGUUUAUAGUCUGACUUGUGGUUUCCAGAUGUAGCUGUUGGGUUGAUUUGGUUUAUCAAAGACCAAGAAGACGCUAGGUUGGAUAGCUGCGCAACAUAAAAGUUGAAAUUGACAACAGAAAUAAACAAGUUUUCUGAUUUCACAUAUCUGCAAAGUAAAUUAAGCGGCAGUUGAAAGUUAUUAAUGCAACAUCUAUUGUGUUUUCAUUAGUGUUUGAUCAACUGAAACUAAGUAUUGUUGUGUUAGUUAGCUUAGAAUGAGCCCUUUAUAUCUACAUUCAGUAAAGGGUCGUACGCAAUUUCGUCCCGCUACUAGUCCUACAACUUGAAGAGUUGCACAACAAAUUAUAUAUCAAAACGUGCGGUUUGAUCGGGAUCGGUGUGCUAUAACUUUUCUCUACAGAAUACAAAUUUUUCGCGUCAUCUUCCAUGGGAAAACAAAUCAACCACUGGUUCUGCGGUGUUUUUAGAUAACAGGAAGGCCACCUUACGGUUCUCUUCACGUUUGAAAGGGGGAGGGGCUUGUUGCAUCCUGUGACCUCACAGACGGGACGCCACUAAAUCCUACACACUGCUCCUUUAACUUCACACUCUGUACAGUAGUUACUACUAUUUGAUGUGACAAACAUGCUGGCACAGUAACUGCAGCGCGGCUCCGAAUAAAUCUGACUCAGAAAAAAACAAAAACGACUGAAUAAAAACAAUCAAUUAAACAGAUUUUUCCAAUUCGGCUUCUCUCAGAGACGUUGACUACCUACAGAGUCAUCUGAUGCCGGAUGCAGUUUUACUUUUCUGGCAUCCGUUUGUCUCUUGUCUGUGCCAUUUAA